AUGCUUUUAUUUUCUUCUUUUUUUUCUCACAACAAAUGUCCGAAACAAAAAAAGGGGCCUCAGCCAUUAAAGGUAGUGAAAGGCACUUCUAAGAGUUGCGCCAAACAAGGGAAGAUUAAAGGGAAAGAAAAGCUCUGGCAGGCUAAAACUGGCAGACUGGUCAUGAGUGAAACUGGCGAAACUUCAGAGUAUUAUAAGCAGGCGCUGGAAGAAUACAAAGAGGUCCAAGAAGACGAAGACCCGGAUGUGUGGGACACGAGAAUAUCCAAGACCGGAUGCUACGUAGAGAACCUCGCAUUACAGCUGUGCCAUGCCGAAACAGGUGACUGGAGGCAGUGCUUCAACGAGAUGGCGUUAUUUAGGAAGUGUUGGGAAAAGAAUGGUAAUAGAGAGCGCGUAAGCACAGUGGACGUGGAUGGGACGACCAGUAAGGAUUCGGAAAAGAAGAAAUGA